UUUUAGCUUCCACCAGGAGUCACGGAACGGGAUUUCAAGCUGCACCAUUUAUGCUCUAGGGUUUCGAUUUGCCUUCGCUGUGGAAGAAUUUGAGUCGAGCGUUCCGUUAAACCAACUCAUGCAGGGUGUUUUAGUAAGCACUUUAGCACCCCAAGCAAUUGGUGGGAGCUGUGGAGCAGUUUCGUUGUUCAAGGAUUGUUUGAAGCUUUUCAAUAGGAACGGCAUAAAACCCAUGGUCGAUAGCUCAUGUUUCGGGCGUCAAUGCAUGCUAAGGCUAUACUCUAUAAACACUAGCAGAGCCAGGAGGUUGGACUCGAGGAUCAAAGCUACAUGGUUGUUCAAUGGAGGUCGUAAAGAGAUGGAUGGCAGCAUCGAGCGUAGUGAGGCGAGUAAUGAGGAGAUUGUAAUAUUCUUUUUCCGAUUGGACUUAGAGACUCGGAUACAGUAUGCUCUAAAUACAGAACAAUAUGAUGUUGCACAACAAUUAAGAAACCAGCUUAAUGAGGUUGAAACCAAAAUAAUCAAACAACAAGAAGCUAAAAGGGGAUCCUCAAAAAGUGAAGCUCAGGACAAAGCAUUAAAUUUAUUACGAAUGCGUGCAGACUUGCAGAAAGCUAUUGAUAAUGAGAAGUAUGCAGUUGCUGCAGAGUUACGGGAUGAGAUCUCAAAUCUUGAGGUUGAAUCCUUGGCUUCAUCUGCCAAAGCUUUGGCUUACGAGAAUGCUCAAUAUGCAUAUCGGUUGGGUGAGAAAGUAAGGCACAAAGUGUUUGGAUAUCGUGCAGUAAUUUGUGGCAUGGAUCCUAUUUGCUGUGAAUCAAGUUCUUGGAUGGAGGUUGCUGAUGUUGAAAAGUUAUCUCGAGGGGCUAACCAACCGUUUUAUCAGGUUUUGGUUGAUGUUCAUGACGACCCCAACUUGCUCGUUGCUUAUGUUCCGGAGGAGAAUCUCAAAUCUACUGAAAAACCAGAUUUGAGCAGGUUUGAUCAUCCGUAUGUUUCCUUCCUGUUUUAUGGCACUGAUACAGCUGGUGACUUCAUCCCGGUCAAGCAACUACGAGAAAAAUUCAAUCGGCCUCGGCAUGAACCCCCCAUUGAUUUACCAGAUGGAGCUGAAGAUGAUAAUAUAUAGGUUUUUCCUCUCCAUUCAUCUUCUGAAUCAUUAGAUUUGCUUUAAAAUGAGUGUAGCAUUUCGAGAAUCAAUCAAGUAUUGCACUAAUCUUAAUGUAAAUCUAACAGCUGACAGUUUAGGGUUCUAUUGUGAUAUAGGUUGACAGUUUAGGGUUCCUAUUGCAGGGCUAAAGGCAAAGCUGCGGGGUCUAGUUUGCAAUUUGUGAUAUAGUUUGGUUUGAGAUGAAGAAACAGAUAUGAGCAUUUUACUGUAAAUAUGCUUUGGUAGUUUGGAAGACAGUGAUGGAUGUAUUGCAUCAUUCUUUGCAGCUUUUAAACUUAGUGCAGCAUAAUAUUUUGCAUGAAAUUUACCAAUUUGCUUUUAAAAAACUCGUCAUUUAAGGACAAUGCG